AUGGAAGACGAAAGGAGAGAUAAGAUACUGAGAGGAAUCCAUGCAUAUUUUGUAGAUUUCUAUAAACAGGGAAUGGUAUACGUACAAGAUACGGAAGUCAUGCCCAGAAACGUUCUACAAAAAAGAAAAGAACAUGAAGGGCAAUUGCUCAAGGGGAUGUACUGGGCACUGUUCUCACUGCACCUGCUACAUAGAAAAUAUGGAAUAGCAACGGCAGAACAACUGGCACGUAUUACAGAACGGGAAAAUGCGCCAGAAUAUACAGGUGAACCAGAGCAGGAAGAAGAGGAGUGUGAUGAGGUAUUCGAUAGCGUACACUACUAUGGAGUGGAGGUGCCACAAAGCGAGCCUGAACCUAUCCAAAUGGAUGCGGGAUUUGCUCUACAACCACUCGAUAUUGAGCUUCUGAGACUUAGUACACGAUCCAUGAUGGCUUCAGAUCUAGACACAUCAAUACUAGAAGGAAAAGAUGUAGACGCUGUACUCAGGUUCCUCAAAUUGUGCCAAAGGGAAUUUGUUUAUGAAGAUUACACAUUCCUUGGAUUUGCAAACUCAGAUGACAGAAGAAGAUUUAGCGCGAACAUAAGUAGCACACUCAUGGCAAUUAACACAUAUAGGGUCAUAGGAGAUUACCUAAACGUUAAAGCAAGCCUAGGAUUCCUUAAACAUAUGACAUGGGUAUACCAAUCAGAUGAACUGCUCGCAUAUAUCAACCUCUUGUAUGUGCAAAAAAAAGGAUACUAUAAAAAAUCAUUGAUGCCUUUGGUACCAGAAAAUGCAGAUAUCAGACAUACGGCAUCAGCAGUCUUGUCAACAUCCAUCGCAUUAAGAAUAUCUGGAUACCAAAACACAUACUACAGAAUCAAAAUUGCAGAAUGGAUACGAAUAAGAGAAGUUACUGAAAAUUUAAUGAGACACUUCAACGAAGACGGAGGGGUUGGCUUAAUACCUAAUGGAGAAAGCCAUUGUGGAGCUGCUUUCUGUGCAAUAGUCAUACUUGCUGUUACAGGAGCCGUGCCUACAGUACCAAGACAACGAUUGAUCAAACUUAAAAGCUGGCUACUUAAGAGACUCACAGCAUUCGGAGGGGUAUCUGGCAGAGUAGGCAAGUCAGAGGAUGUAUGCUACUCAUUCUGGCUGCUAGCCACAUUAAGCAUGUUGAACAAGUUCGGAGUACACUCACAGAUACUCAGAGGACGUGAAAUGAUAAGAUUUAUUGAGAGGUGUCAGACGCCAUGUGGAGGGAUUGCACCCUACCCAUGUGAUGAAGGAGAACCAGGGAACCCGGACCCCUUUCACUCAUUUGCAGCCCUUAUGACAAUCACACUUAUCGAAGAAGAGCGACAACAGGUGGACCUAUCUGUCCUACAAAUGCUCAUAUAA